UAGUUCCAUGUCUAGACCAAUAUAUAAUACUAGAUCUAUAUAGAUUUAGAUCUAGACUCUAGAUGUAAUAUAUAUCUAGAUCUAAGACUAAAUCAUGCACGAUAACCAUAUGUUCUUUAAAAUUGAAACUUAUGUUAUUAAAUUUAUAAUCUAGAUCUAGAUCUUCAUCAUCAUCACUGACUUUGCGAGUUGUCCUCAGUUGUGCUUGAUGAAAAAAAAUGAAUAAAACAUCGAAAUUCAUCUGUAAGUCACUGGAGUUUAUUCUACAAAAAUAUCCAAUGGUAAAUGCACUUACGUUGCUCAUGCUCUUUGCUGAACGUGCAAAGUCGGAAAGUGAACCUCCUAUACAUCCAAAGAUAAUUUAUGCCAAUCUGUUGGGGUUUCUUGGAUGUUCACUGCUGAUGUCAUCUAAUAUUAAAAAGAAGGAGGCUGUCUUAGUUUUCUGUGGUCAGCUGUUGUACUUUGCUUACAACUUCUACAAUAAUAAAAAGUUGAACUAUAAAGAGUGGCUUAGGCUUGUUAUGUGCACUCGGCAAAUAGGCUGUGUUGGAGUUUUCCUUCUCUUUGCUCACAUACUAGACAAGAAAAAGUCAAUUCCAUUGCGUAGAGUUGCAGAAAUUAUAACAGGACUUUACCUUUUUGCUUUCACCUUUCUAAUCAAUAAUAUUAAAGAGAUCCAGAGUGCUGUCUUAAGUCACAUUAUUGGUGGUGACUGGGGCAGAUAUGUUCUGACUGUGAUGCUGGCAGCCUGUGCCCUGAGCUUCUUCUCUGGUUACUUUUUACGAGAUAUGUCGCUCUGUGCUGUCAUAGCCAUCUUGAGUGUAGUAUUGUUGGUGGAUGCAGAUUUUAAUUUCUGGUCAAAAAAGGGGGUACAGUUUUGGAAUCAAGCCCGCAUUCUAGCUGACGGCUUAUGCGUGUGUGUUGGGUUGGUUUAUGCUUUUUUCCAUUUAGAUAACAGAGUCAAAGGUGAUUGAAGCACUCACUUUGACCUUUUACUAUACUUGUUCUUUUUUUUUUUUUUAUUAUUUUUUUGACAGUGAAAUGUGCAAUAUUUGUGUGUGUUGAAUUUCUGAAACAUUAACCAAACUUUUACUUCCCUUAGGUCACUAUUUAAAAGUGUUCUCUACUUUAUCACAGUUCAUAUAUGCACAUUUAUUUUUCUAAUUGAAUAUGGAUAUUAAAUGAUGCAGUAAAAUUGACUAUGAAUGUAAUGUAAAAGCGUUGAAAUGACAAUUUAUAUUUAUACAUUGUGAUACAAAUGUUUGUGUAAUUUACUAAUCUGUUCAUUUUUACAUUUUAAAUGUAAUGUAAGAUUUGUAUAAAAAACAACAUUUUAUUUUAAACAGAUUUUUUGUUUUAUGAAAUGUCAUGAGUAACUGUAUCUGUGUGAAACUAUAUUUAUGUUCAUGUAUCAAUUUUUUAAACAUAAUUUUAAAAUGUACACUUUUUUUCUUUUUACUAUAAAAAAUAAAAUUGUUUUUUUUUU